AUGCCUUCAACGCCUAUGAUUACUCGUUCAAACAAAGGAUCUAACUUGACAUCCACUGCUAAGAAGGUAGUUACUUUAGAUGAUAUUUGGAAAUCCUUGGUUACUAUUCAGGAGAGUGUUUCUUCUCAUGAUAUAAAACUCGAAACCAUUGUAAAAAAUAUAGAAGGAUUUGAAAUUAGUAUUAAAUCAUUCUCUACUGCUAUUGAUAAUCUUACCACUGAAUUAAACCUUGUUAAGGAGGAAAAAGCUUCUUUAGCUCUUGAAGUUAAAUCACUUCAUGAAAAAAUCAGCAAGCUAGAGUCUGAACACCAUUGUGGUCCUGCCACACAUGAAUAUAACAUUUAUCAAGAGUCUCUUGAAAGGAUGUCAAAGGCAAACAAUUUUAUGAUUUUCAACGUUCCCCUUUCGGCUAAUGAAAAUUCUGAAACUUUAAAUGUCAUGGUUGAUCACCUCUUCCAGGACUUGGCAAUCCAAUGCCAAUCUACCUCAGUUAAACGAAUUGGCCCAGUGGGAUCCCGUCCUCGUCCUAUUGUUGUUCAGCUCAACUCCCCAACAGAUGUCCAUAUGGUCCUUAAGUCUAAACGGAAACUACGGAAUCUUGAGCGUUGGAAAAAUGUAUGGAUACACGAAGAUCUUACUCUCAUGCAACGGAAGCAGCUGUGUGGUCUCCGAUCUGAACUUAAGCGUCUUCAUGACAGUGGUGACCAUGGCUGGGUUAUAAGAAACUCUUAUGGUUCUCCAAAACUGGUUCGAACUAAUCCUGGGCAAUCAACAACGGAAAAUACAAAAAACUAA